CUCUCUCUCUCUCUCUCUCUCUCUCUCUCUCUCUCUCUCUCUCUCUCUCUCUCUCUCUGUGUUCUUCGGCAAAGACAUUCACUUGUUGACAAACUGAAACUCGGCUUUCAGCUUCAGGAUUGCUGUAUCAUCAUUGUACAGAAGAUCUAUAUUUGGAUUUUACUGGUUGGAUUCUUCAUUACUUUGUGUUGGUGCAGCAUUAAAUAGCGCUUCUUUUGUCCAGUGUUGUGCCUUUACUGAACCAAAAUCUAAGUGAAAACCUUUUCUUUUGACUCGUUUCCUUGAACUCAUAUGCGAUAUUAUUGAUUUUUGCUCCUGUUUUUCAACAAUAUCAUACUCAACAUAGAUGCUUCUUUCUUGUUGCCUUCUGUUUGUUCUUUUUCCCCAGUAAAUCCACUUAUUCAACAACCAAAUUCCACCAUUUUUCCUUUCCUAGCUGCUUUAGAAAGCUGAAAAUGCACUGCUUUGAUUAUUUAAUUCUGCUCCGCAUUGGGGUUAUACUACUGCUGUCCAUAAAUUAUGCCAAUGCUGAGUGGGAAACAUGCUCGUGGAUUGUCCCCAUGAGGAACCGAUACGACAAGAUAUCUAUAACGGAUUUUGGAGGUGUGGGUGAUGGGGUGACUUUGAACACAAAAGCAUUCAGGGCAGCAAUAUAUAGAAUUGAGCAUUUAAGGAGGAGGGGUGGCACUCUUCUUUAUAUUCCUCCUGGAGAGUAUUUGACUGGACCCUUCAAUCUAACCAGCCACAUGACUCUUUACUUGGCUAGAGGAGCGGUCAUCAAAGCCACAAUGGAUACAGAGCAAUGGCCCUUGGUAGCGCCAUUGCCAUCUUAUGGAAGAGGAAGAGAACGACCUGGAGGAAGGUAUAUGAGCUUCAUCCAUGGGGAUGGGCUACAUGAUGUCAUAAUCACAGGUGAAAAUGGGACGAUAGAUGGCCAAGGUGGCAUCUGGUGGAACAUGUGGAGGCAAAGAACUCUCAAGUUUACUAGACCAAACCUUAUUGAAUUAAUGAACUCCAGAGGUGUAAUAAUUUCCAAUGUAAUUUUCAAGAACUCACCCUUUUGGAACAUACACCCUGUGUAUUGCAGCAAUGUUGUAAUUCGAUAUGUGACGAUACUGGCCCCUGCUGACUCUCCCAACACCGAUGGAAUUGAUCCGGACUCAAGCUCCCAUGUGUGCAUCGAGGACGCCUACAUAUCAACAGGAGACGACCUCAUAGCCGUGAAGAGCGGGUGGGACGAAUAUGGAAUAGCAUAUGGUCGUCCUAGUCAUGGAAUCACCAUUAGACGGGUAACCGGGUCGUCUCCAUUUGCUGGAAUCGCAGUCGGAAGCGAAACCUCUGGUGGUGUCGAGGAUGUUCUAGCCGAGCACAUAAACCUAUUCAACAUGGGAGUUGGCAUCCAUUUGAAGACCAAUGUCGGCAGGGGAGGCGUUAUAAGAAACAUCACAGUCUCAAACGUCUACAUGGAGGAUGCAAGAAAAGGGAUAAAGAUUUCUGGCGAUGUCGGAGACCACCCAGAUGAGUACUAUAACCGAAACGCCCUCCCAGUUCUUAAGGAUGUCGUUAUCAAGAAUAUCUGGGGAGAAAGAGUGCAGCAACCUGGUCUGAUUCAUGGUCUGAAAAAUGCACCAUUUACUGGGAUUUGUCUCUCCAACAUCCAUCUUCGUGGUGCGAGAGGGCCGAGGAAUUUGCCAUGGCAAUGCUCUGAUGUAAGAGGAGCAGCAGUUCAAGUCAGCCCAUGGCCGUGUUCUCAGCUUACCAGCCACCAGCAAACAGGUGCAUGCUCGUCUUCCUUCUGAUUAGAACUCGUCAAAUUUGUUCCUCUUUUACAAGAAUUCAUGUUGUAAUAUGAUGAUUAUGUGUUUGAAUGAAGACAGAACUUUCUGAUUAGUAUAUACAACUAUGAAAAUUUUCCAUAGGCACUUUGAACAUCUUCCUUCAGCCAAAACCAGAUCAUUCCUUAGCAAACUACGCUGGCCUCUUUACUCCAUGAUCGAAUUAAUGAAUCAUGAUCAAAUCAUAGUACAAAACAAAGAGAAUAUAUCUGUAUAUAUAUAUGUAUACAUAUGCAUAUGAUCCUCCACAUCUCAAACGGAUGCAAACUUAUUUACAGACCACAAAAACCAAAAGGGAAAAAUGAAAAUUUCACAACUCACUACACAUACUACUGUGUGUCCAUGAACCAAUGCAAGACGUUGGAUCUGAAACCGAGAAACGUA